UUUUUUCCGCUUACAGCACAGACGUACCGAAGGUCUGUUGCGGGGUAGUGCUCCGUUAUACAUCGCCAAGGGCCCAUUCUCCUGCUCAGGCGUCGCCUACAUCGCAGUCCUCAAAACUCUGCCCUUUAAGGUGCGCAACGCGACGGCGGUGUUCAUCAUCAACCUGUCUGUGUCGGACCUGUCGUUCUGCUGCUUCAACCUGCCGCUCGCCGCGUCCCUGUUCGCGCAGCGCGCCUGGACCCACGGCGACCUGCUGUGCCGGCUCUUCCCGCUCUUCCGCUACGCCCUCAUGGCCGUCUCGCUCUUCACCGUGCUGGCCAUCACCAUCAACCGAUACGUCAUGAUCGGACACCCCAGGCUCUACCCGAGGCUGUACCGGCGGCGCUGGCUGGCGCUGAUGGUGGCGUCCACGUGGCUGCUGGGCUUCGGCGCGCUGGUGCCCACGUGGCUCGGCGUCUGGGGCCGCUUCGGUCUUGACGACAAGGUGGGCUCGUGCACCAUCCUGCACGACCACAACGAGCGCACGCCCAAGGAGUUCCUCUUCAUCGUCGCCUUCGUCAUCCCCUGCAUCGUCAUCGUCGUGUGCUACGCGCGCAUCUUCUACAUCGUGCGCAAGACGGCGCUCAAGUCGCGCGGCCCCCGCGGGGGCGGUUCCAGCGUGGCAGCCGCCUCCGCCAACAGCGGGGGCGGCACCGCCGCCUCCAGGAAGGCCGACGCCGCGCUCUCCUCCUCCGCAGCCAGGGCGCACGGCGUGCUGGAGAACGGCGCUGGAGCGGCGUCGCGCCUGGAGGCUGGCUCCAGGCCGCUGCUGCUGGACGUGCCGAGGACAGCCCGCGAGCCCUCCUCCUCCUCCGGCAUCGAUGUCAGCAAUGCGGGGAGCCUGUGCGACGAGGACGACACCGCAUGUGGGGGCGCGGCCGGCGUCGGCAGCCGCAGCGGGACGCCCACCUCCCUGAGCAGCCGAGGGGGCGGCAGGAGCUGCGGGGGCCGUCGGAGGCGGCGCUCGGGCAGGUCGCCGUCCGCAGUCGCACUCAGCUCCGCUCUCUGCCAGGUGGCAGCAGUGUUUGGCAGAGGGCGCGCACCCAGCGGCAGCCCCUGCUCCGUCCGCAGAUACAGCAACAACAACCUGGCCGCUGCACUGCCCACCAGCCCGCCCGUCCCAGGGAAGAUGACGACGAAGGACAAGAAGCUUCUGAAAAUGAUCCUGGUGAUCUUUGCAUCGUUUGUGGUGUGCUACCUGCCCAUCACGGUCAGCAAGACAUUCCACUCGGUCACCAACCUGCACGGGCUCAACAUCGCUGGCUACAUCCUCAUCUACCUGUCCACGUGCAUAAACCCCAUCAUCUAUGUCGUCAUGAGCUCAGAGUACCGCCAGGCGUACAAAAACCUGCUCAUGUGCCGUGCCUCGUCUGGAGCCCGCCAUUUUUGAAGGUGGAGCGACACCCGGCGGAGGCGGUUCUGGGGCGGGGGCGGGACAGCAGCCGCAGCGGCAGGACAACAACGUGAUGGAGCUGGCGGUGGCAGGGACAGUCGGUCGCUGCGGGUCACAGCGAGCAUGACGGUGACGCCGGAGGCCGUGGUGGCGACGGGGGCGCCACCCCCAUCCCCACAGGGAGCUCGCGUCGGCUGCGGGCAGCGGCAGUGGGCGCAAGACUCAGUCGUCGCAGCCUCCCUGCAGCGGGUGAGGGACGGGCCGUCGGACAAGAAACUUGGACGCCGGCACUGCAGAUGUGUCAUUCCUCUGUGAUGGGUGAGGGAGUGCCGAGUGUCGACCGCCUCACAGGUCUCCACGUACUGCCAAACAGCAGAAAUGGUCAUCAGUGAACGUGUCACCCGUGUUAGUGUUGUACAGUUUUCUCUUCAGCUGUAUGCCUCAACUUACUGUGAGAGCCGAGGGCAGUGAGCUGUUGUGGGACUUCUAUUUUGUGUUAAACUGUGACAGAAUCACCUCUGCUUUCACGUUCGAUUGUCCAUAUUUUGUAACUUGGAUACUUUCAAGUUAUACAAUGAAAGAGCUGUCCAGAUCCAGUUUCGUUUAAGUAAAUCAACUGUAAUUUAAACACACACCACCACCAUCACCAAAAAGUUGGGAAUGAUGACUCUCGCUUCACAAUGUUGUUUAUUUUCUUGCAGAAACUCAAGCUUUUGAAUGUCAUCUCCAUGACUUUUGACAGGAGCAACUGACUACUGUGGUGCCUUCUUGUACCGCGUAUACAGCUUCUGAUCGGUCAGUGGACAUCACCAUUGUUUCACUCUGUGAAAGUUUGUGUGUAGACGCCUACACUGGCGGUGCCACUACCCGUGUAGUGGCGUAAAUAAAUUGCCCAAUUCCUUCACAUCAAGGGCUCCCUGUAAUGCACUACUAAGAUUAUAUAGCUGCUAACCCGGCUGAAGUAGUAGUGGCACAUUGUAAUUUCUACUUCCUUUUUAAUGACAGAAUCCCAUUAUGAGUAUUCAAUGGACAAGACAGUUUCACCGAACAGUAUUUGUGAUGCUGUGCUUGGCAACUGGUCGUUUCCCAAGUUUUACUGCACUGUUGAUACUCUGCAUAGCAGUCAGAAAUGGUACAGAUGGACUGAUUGAUAUACCCACAAACAGUCAUGUACAUAGCAGGGACUGUGAGACCAUGUGUGCAUCAUCUCAUUUAUCAACUGAAAUCAUAUUCCAAGGACACUACCAGUUUGGCUGGAUUUAACACCGCAAGGCAGAAGGAGCACAAUAAGUAGAUCAUCACACGAUUGUUCAAAAUACUCACAUUUUUGUUUCUUUCAGAACAGGUACUUCAGAUCAUUAAUCUCAGAAUAUAAAAAGAUAAUUCUGUUUCUGACCAUUGGAAUCAGGUGUAGCUGUCUUUGUCAACACAAUUCUCUGUUCACGACUAGAUGACAAAAUAAUACUAGUUUGAACUUUACUGUGUGCCAGAUAGUGAUGAAAUAGGUGAACCUAAUUGCAGCAGAAAUUUGUAUCAGCUUUUUGGUGGUGUAUAUGCAAUUCAGUAAACCCUGUCAUCAGCUUCUGUGAGAAAUGUACGACAAAAGAGAAUUAAAUUUCUCGUGAACAGGGAACCAACAGCUCACCACAUAUUAUUAGAAUGUAAAGUAACAAUGAAUACCAAGAAGAAAAGAAUAACCAAAUGAGGUCAUACUGUCAAAUUUUGUGCUGAAAUUUAUCGUGCAGAAGUGACAAUGGCCAAAUGCAGUUUCGGACUGUUCACCCAGUUUUCAAACCCGGAAUGUAGUCACUUCCCUGAACAUAUGUUCUUAUAACUACACAUACACAGCCACAUGGAAGGAUUUGUUGGUGCUUAAGUUUUUGUCACGAUGUGAUGACUGCUUUUGUGUUCAUUUCCCUUACUGAUACAGCUAAUUGAUAUUUAAGUGUGUUUGAAUUAUCUGUUGUAGUUUUAUCUCUGUAUGAAAAAAAUCGCUUUAUUGCACUUCCAUUUUUCAGAAUUAUGCUCAGUGUCCUCUCAUCAACAGUGGAUUGGUAUUCUAAUACACAUAUAACCAUCGCUGUAUUCUGGAAUAAACAUUUUGUUUUUAAAACAUGGGAGAAAGCUUAACUAUUUGAUCAGAUAUGUUUUCAAACCAAAUACUUCACUUGUAGUUUCAGUCUCCUCGAAGUGUACUUGAAAGACGGAAUAAAUUGGCACAGCAUUGAGGGCAACGGUUGUACAGAUCCCCAUGUAGGUUUUUCUUUGACUUCCAUAAAUGUCCUAAGACGAAUGCAGAGAUUGCUCCUUUGAAGGACACAUCUGAUUCCCUUCUCCAGUCUCAACUAGUGUUUCAUCUCUAAUGGCCUUCUCCUCAAUGAAAUGUUAAACAUUUAGGGUCCUUUUAUCUCUCCUAACUUAGAGAACAGGUGUUCAGGGAGACAAAAUAUACAAAUUAUAAUGUACAAGGAAAUUGGUUUGAUUGCUAUGCAAAAAAAUUAAGAUAUGAUAUAUGUCAAUAAAACUGGACAACAUGUUCUUUUAUGGUUAUUUUUUCUUAGUAGAUUGUGCGGCUUUCUUUUCUAAUAAUCUGUAAUGAAGUGUGAAUACGCUGUUUAAGCAAGUACAGAAAGAAUUAUGUUAGUUUGUUCUAUUUCUACCAUAGAAUGCGAUGGUGACUGUCCAUUGAAAUGCAUCGUUUAUAUAUAAUGUGGGUGAAUAAAGAUGUUCCAUUGUGUAAGUGCAGCAUGAUCACUGGUGUCUUUUGAGACUAUAAUAACCGGUUUACAGUUCUUUACCUGUACAAAUUUCUUUGUGAAAAACUGCAACUGUUUUACUUUUUACACGCAUGUGAAUCACGUCCUCCAUCAUUAAACAUUACCAAUGUUCACUCUUAAUAUUUUGUAGUGAAAGUUCAAAGGGUAAAUAUUUAGACUAAUAAAGAUGUGACCCAUCUACAUGUGCAUGUAUUACUGCAUACCACAUAGGUGCAUUCCAAGAAUAAUUACAGUAAGUAUUCAAUCUCAAUGAAAUUAAUGAUUUCACCAAUGACUUAUUUUGUGGUCGAUAUCUCUUCAUACAAAUGUCUUAGUGUUUAGCUCGAUGUGUAUUCAGUCAUAAAAGUUAGCUGUUCUGAAACAUCAGGUGCAGGCUCUAGAUUUUUAGGUUUUUGUUUCUUUAUGGAAUUGCCCUGCUCCCAUCUCUUUGCUUGAAAAUUACUAAAUGUAUGGUUGGAAGAGAAUUAUGUGCAAUUUGAGGAAAAUGUAUGUAGAGAUGCAUAAGGUAGUUAGAACAGGGUAAAAUCUCUUAUUUUUAUAUUAAUUGUGGACUGGGUUACCCAAGAAGACCAAUGAUUACUUACAAGUAAAGAAAAUUGAAAACACUAUCAAAGGAGAAGGCAAAAAUCUGGCAUCAUUACAUUUGUAAAGAACUGAAAUAAUUGUCAUUUAGCUUUUUUAAACUAUGUAUUUUAAGUCCUACUUGCCUCAGAAAUGUGUAACAUAUUUUAUAUAACCGCAAGAUUGCAAAAUGGUAUUCUAAGGAUGUGAGCACAGUAUAAAACAAAGUCAGUUUCAUCAGUGAUGAUGUAUAAUUGUUUCUCAAGAUAAACAUAUAAAGACAUGUCAUUAAUAUUUUGUAAUUAUAUAUUUUGUUUGUCAGUUUGUUUUUCUAGAGUUUCUGGUAAUAAAGCAGUUUGUUUUGCAAAUAUUUGACGCAAAAAGUCUGCAUGUAUGAUGUUCCAUAGGUGUAAGGAUUGACUUUAGUCAGUGUUACAGUUAGUAAGUCACUGUAAAUAUGAAUGUAACUACAGACUGUAAAUUUAUUUACAGGAUAGUGUCAUGCAAUAUGGAAGGUGCACCAUUAAUGUGUAUGUUAUGAACAGUUGGGGACUGUGUGACUUCACAUAAUUAUAAACAGUUUUGCUAUUUUCUGAAUAUUUACUGUUUUAUAUCAACUAUUAUGAAUACUCUUGUAGCUUUUUAAGUUAACUAGCUAUUUAGGAAACACUAAACAUAAUAAGUGUGAAUAUAAAUGUACUGAACUACGCAGGUAUAUAAAAGAAAUAAUAUAAUUGUUUUUCAUAAAAACAGUAAGUUACAUUAGUAAAGUGAUAAUAAGUCUUUGAUGGUACGAUUCAAAAAUAUUUAAUUCCAUAGAAAUCUGUGACUAAAGUAGUAAUUUCAUUAUUUUUCAGGUGGUAAAUAUUGUACACCAACUUGGCAUCAAAAAAUGAAAUGCUGAAAGUAAUAUUUUUUUAUUUGAUGUUAUGGAGAGGAAGCACUGGAAAGAGACUGAAAAAAAUCCUUUGGCAAAAGCUUGUGGAUUAAAACACUGCAUUAGUCUAUAGGAAAAUGAAUUUUGUAUUGGCAAUAAAAAUAUACAGUAAAGUGGUCAGUUCAUAACAGGAAGCAAUUUCCCAGUAUAAGUUAGUGAAAAUGAAAUAUCACAAAUUAUAUUAAUGCUCAUAUACUAAUUUUCUAGUCAUUAUUGUUUUCUUAUACAGAUAUAUUUCAAGUCAUUGUAAAUGGGUAUAUUAUGAUUUAUAGAAGCCAAUUACCAAAGAUCUAUGACCAACUGACCUUUAUGCUUGUGAUCCAUUUUGUCUGUCAGAACCACAAAAAAUGUAACAGAUAAUUACAACAAACAAACAGCCAUGGACACAGGCUAACCUUAUUUACAAAAUGAUAUAAUCUGGGCACUAAGCAGGAGGGCCACCCCUAACUUUGCGUUAAUAGUGUAUUUUGUUACUGUCUGAAGAAACAGACUUCCUACACUUUCCAGUAUGUUUUUUUUUUUUUCUCACCAGUUGAAUGGAAUGUUUCAUAAUUUCCACUCAUUAUUAAGCCAUCCAUUUAUCUUCUACUGAUGAUCCUGAUUUGUGUGUGUGUGUGUGUGUGUGUGUGUGUGUGUGUGUGUGUGUGUAAAAUGUUGAAGGUGAUACAUGGACAUAAUCGUAUGCCUUCCCCCUAUGUAACAGGAUGACUGUGAUUGGCUUGUAUUCCUGAAAGUACUUUCCAAACAGCAUAAAUGAGGAUCUUCAGUUUAUAUCUCUAGUUAUAAUGUAGCGUUGUUUAUGAAUAUAUAAGCAAUUUUUCAUCACCGUCAGUUGUGAAAUACAAUUUUUUUUUUUUGGGGCCUGCAUUGUUGGAUGCAACUCAGAAACAACACUACUCAACUUAUUAUUUGUGUCGUCGUCGCCCCUCCCCACCCCUCAUGAAAUUUUUUCAGAGGAAAAACUGCAUGGCAGUAAAAAUACAGAUGGCUUAAUAACUCAAAUUAAACAAAUGACUUUUACAACAGUGUGGUAUGAGUUCGAAAAAUUAUCUUAACUUCAUCUUUAUCUGAGCAUGAUUAUUUUUUAAUGUAUAAUUUUAUAUGUCGUAGAGUUCCAAAAACUGUUUUCCAAGUAUGUAUAUAAAAAAUGGAUACAAGGAUAUGGGGCAUAGUUUAAGAUCAAGCAAUGUAACCAAAGGUCCAGAGAAUUAUUUAUUAGAUGUAGUCAUCAUGUUACCAAUAAACUUAUAGUGUGUUUAAUUUGAUUUGCUAAUAUUCAGCAUUAAACAGAUUUCCAGCAUCAUAUAAAAACUGAUUUCAGUCACAAACUUGGUUCCUAAACAUUCCCUUAUGUCCAUUCUGGACAAACAAUGUAGUAGAGAAUGAGAGAUUCAUAUCAUGGCAGAAGUACUAUUCUUUCAGUGAGUGUAACAUCUACACAAUGGCAGCAAUUCAUUCAGUGGUUUAACUACCAUUAAAAAUAUACUGGUAAUUUAAAAAAUGAAAGUUAUUUUUAAUGUUAAAGCUAAGUAGUAAAGGAGCAGUGCAUUGUGAAUCUGAAGUAUUAUUUUCCUGCAUGUUAACUUCCAAUAAUUUAUUACUCAGAAACUAAAUUUCUGUUUAAACUAAGGAAAACACUGAAACACUUAGCUAAAAUAAUGCUGUCAUGAAACACUCCAGAUAUUGACAUAAAAGAAAAUUGUUUAAGAAGCAUCAGGAUGACAACACUGCCAUUACAAACAGAAUUUUCUCACCUGUACACUUAUCAGAAAAUAGUGGGUAAAAAAAAAAAAAAACAACCAUGUUUAUGACUCUUUGGUUACCAUUUCCUGUUUGCUAUAGCAGUCAUUAGGUACUUUAGUGCAUAAAUUUUUAACUUUUCUUUAUGUCUUAGAUAUUAUUUGAUUAAAAAUUGAUGCAUAUUUAUUUGCCAUAAUUUUCAGAAACAGAACAUUUUAUGAUGUUAAUUUCUUCAUAAAUUUUAGCUUUUCUUGCAGGUCAAAGCUAUAUCAUUGUCUAUGAUAAGAGGGUCACAGCUAUCCAGUGUUGUGUUUAGCCAAAAAAAUUAAUUUGAUUCUACUGGAGAACAUAAAGCUGACAUUGUUCUGAAAAGAAUUUUUUAUAUUAUAAACCAAUUUAUUUAUAUGCUGUACUUUUGAUGUAAUUUGUGUCCGUUCACUAUCAUUCAUUUUAUUAUAUUUCAAAUAAAUGUACAUUUACAGAA